CCACUAAUAUCCACUAUUUUCCCUUCUUUAUUUAAUUAGGCAGCUCGACAUCAAGCCAAAGCUAUGAGAUAGUAUGGUUAUCGAUCAGAGCGUUACAUAACACUGUAUUUAAAUGUCCAUGAGUUUGAGUGGUGUGACGCUGUAAACAUGGGGGAUGUGAGUGAAGCGUCUCUGCUGGAAUACAUCUACUCGUCUGGAGGAAAAGUUGCAAAUUCAGACCUGAUGAAGAGCUUUAAGCAGUUUGUAAGCCAUAGUGAUUUACACCUACGUGCCAAAUACAGGGAGGACUUCAAGCUCAUCAUAGACAAAAUAGCUGUGUGUAAAACUGAGAACGGACAGAAGUAUCUUAUCCUGAAGAAGAAGUACAGGCAGCUCAUGCAGGAGCGUGAAUCUCAGCCCGCAGCUUCAGAACAGGGGAUGAACGUUAAAAAGCACCAAGUCGAAUGGUGUACAGGACCCACCAUUACUGUUACUGAUGUCCAAGACCCAGACGUGACAGAGGAUGUGAAAGUUGACCAACAGGUGGUGGAGAACCCAGAACCUCUAUCAGAGGAGAACCCUGAACCCAUAGAAAUAGAGGAUGAACUGGAAAAGGACUCGGGAUCAAAGUCUGAAUCGGAGCAGGAAGAGGAAUCUACGGGUAGUGUAGGCUCUGCAUCUGUGGCUCUGGAUCCUAUUGAGAAAGAGUGGAUCUAUUCUGCAGCAUGUGGCAGACUCUCGCACCUCAGACAGCUGCUCAAACAGGACGCCUCACUGGCCAACAAAAAAGAUUUUACCUCAUUUACCGCUCUGCACUGGGCUGCUAAGCACGGAAAAGAGGACAUGGCUACUGUGAUGGCUGACGCAGGGGCCGACGUCAACACCAAAGCUGGUUACACACCUUUACACAUCGCUGCACUACAUGGCCAUGUGCAUAUAUUAAAUCUACUCAUCCAAACCUACGGUGCUAAGGAAAAUGUGCGAGACUACAGCGGUCACUUAGCGUCCCAUUACCUGAAAAUACAGAAAGAAGAGCAGCGCAGUGAUCUGAACGCCGGAUACCACAGCCCAGCGCAGGUGACUGAGCGCCGCAACAGGAAGUUAACCUCACUCUUUCACUCACGAAAGAAAUGGGGUUCUGCAGAAGAUCUGGCGCCCGUCCCGGAGGAAAGAAGCGUCCAUCAUCAGCUCAUCGUCCCUGCGUUCAGAACCAGGAAGUUCUCCCGCUGAACUCUCGUCACCGUUAUACAGCAACACAACCAGCACGGAAGAACAAUUUGUUGUCUUUACAGUGCAAAGCUGUUUUAUUUGUGGACUUGGUAUUUGUUCUUAAUGCACAAAUACUGUACAUGUCUUAUUCAGUAGCUAUGCGUUAAUAUUAAAUGAUUCAUGUUUUAUUUAUGGUUUUUGUGUUAGAGGUUUUAUACUUCUAAAAAUAUUCUUUUUUCUUGUUUUUAUUCUUGUAUCUUUGUUUUUUUUUUUAUUUGACUUCACACGAUAUGAGGGUCAAGGUCAUACGGGCUGAUAAGAAAUAAGGUUUUAUUUUUUAUUCUGUUAAUAUACCGAAGUUGUCAUGCUGCUACAUGUUUUGUAAUGCCUACAGAACCACAUUGUUAUUUUUAAGCUUCACAUAAACAUAUAUAUACAGUAUAUAUAUGUUUGAUUGCUAUUAAUAGUAUAUAGUUAUUAAUAGCUAUAUAGUUUGAUUGCUAUUAAUAGUAAAUGAAAGUAUUACAAACGUCUGGAUUAAGGUGACUAAUGUGUGCAUUAAUUUUUAUUUUUGUGUGUGUGUGUGUGUGUGUGUGUGUGUGUAUGUGUGUGUUUAAAAUGUCAUUCAAAUAUCACCAAAAAGAGGACAACUUAAUCUGUGCCUUAUGCUUUAAGUGUUAAAAGUGUUGUAAUGGAUAUUUUUCAAUUCACUUAAACAAAAAUAUCUUUUUUUUUUUAACUCCUGUGUUCUUGGGUGUUUUGUCUACAUUGUCUCACAUUUAUGCUGAUUGUCUUAGUGUCCAACAUGUUUCCAAGUUCUCUAUUAAAACUAAUUUUGAAGAAAAAUGAAGUCAAAUAGUGAUAUAAAGCAGAGCUGUUAAAAGAAGAACAUUAAACAUUAAAGGAAUGUUGGUUAA